GACACCGCGCACGCACAUCUGCAUAUACCACGUUCUACCUGUGUUCUCCUUCAGUCUGAGUCUUUCGGCUCAAAAACCGAUUUUAUGAGUGAAAGGAGCAACAGUAUAAUGAAUUUGAAGCUGAACAACGAUGUGAAGAGCUCUAUCAACACGGUCAAGUCCCGUGAAUCGAUUAUAAAGGAAGAGCGUCGACGGACGGGGAGGUAUAUAGCGAUCCUCGUGGGCAUCCUUCUCUUCAUAUUGGCGUUUUACCACGCCUGGGUCCGUCGCAUACCUGUGGUGGCCAGUCUGGUGGUCCCGGCGCUCAUAAUGUUCGUGUACGUCGCGUGGGUGUUGUUCACAGCUUCGAGGGACAAACAUAAGUUUCUGGACGCGGAAGCCGCGCUGGCCGCACAGGAAGCCGCUAAUAAUGACGUCACAUCUGAACUGGACCAAAACAAUAUAGAAAUAAAAGUCAUCUCAAGUAAAGAAAAUAGUAUGACAUCCAUAGACGAUCCUGAGAAACUAUUGCCGAACAAAAAUGAUGCAGCGGUGCCUUUAAAAUCAAGCAAUAUCAAAACAGAGGUUGAGAACAACUCCUUGAUAAUGCCAAUAAUACUAGUAAACGAUAAGCCACCUGAAGAUUUCGAUCAAAAAUGGAUAAACAUCGUUGAGACUGUGAAUAGUAAUGAAAAAUUCAAAAGCAUUCACACAAAGAGAAAAAUCAGACGAAGAUUUUGCAGGAGCAGAAAGCACGCAGUAUUCAAGAGGUCUUAUUCUAUUGGUUGAACAGUGAUACUAUCGAAAAAUUACUUUAGGUUUAU